CGCUGGAUGGCGGCGGCGGCGCUGGCGCUGCGGAGAGGGGUGGGCGGCGGCGGCGGCGGCGGCGGGCAGAGGCGUCCUCCUGGGCGCGGGAGCGGGUGGCGAUGGGCGGCGGCGGCGGGGGCGCUGGCGGGCGGCUGGUUCCUGCUACGGGGGCCGGGCCUCCCUCCGCUCCACGCCGCCGUGCCCUCGCCGCCCCCCUCGCCCUCGCCGGGCUCCCCGCGCGCCACCUACAACUUCAUCGCCGACGUGGUGGAGCGGACGGCGCCGGCGCUGGUCUACAUCGAGAUCCUGGGCAGGCACCCGUUUUCCGGCAGGGAGGUGCCCAUCUCCAACGGCUCCGGCUUCGUGGUGUCUGCGGAUGGGCUGAUUGUCACCAACGCCCACGUGGUGGCCAACCGGAAGCGGGUGCGAGUGCGCCUGGCCAGCGGGGAGCUCUAUGACGCUGUGGUGAGGCAGGUGGACCAGGUGGCAGACAUUGCCACCAUCAAGAUCAACGCCAAGCACCCGCUACCCACGCUGCCCCUCGGCCGCUCCUCUGAUGUGCGCCAGGGGGAGUUUGUGGUGGCCAUGGGCAGCCCCUUUGCCCUGCAGAACACCAUCACCUCGGGCAUCGUCAGCGCUGCCCAGCGAGGGGGGCGGGAGCUGGGCUUGGCAGCUUCGGACAUGGAAUACAUCCAGACGGACGCAGCCAUUGACUUUGGAAACUCCGGCGGACCCCUUCUCAACUUGGACGGCGAGGUGAUUGGGGUGAACACCAUGAAGGUGACCCCCGGGAUCUCCUUCGCCAUCCCCUCCGACCGACUGAGAGCCUUCCUGGAGCAGGAGGAGAAGCGCAAGGACUCCUGGUUUGGCAGCACAGAUGGCAAGAGGCGCUACAUUGGGGUGAUGAUGCUGACCUUGACACCCAGUAUCCUGUCUGAGUUGAAGAUAAGGGAUCCGGCCUUCCCCGAUGUCUCUCACGGGGUCCUCAUCCACAAGGUCAUCAUUGGCUCUCCGGCACAUCAGGCAGGGCUCAAGGCAGGGGACGUGGUCAUGGAGAUCAACGGCCAGGCAUCCCGGCGGGCAGAAGACAUCUACGAGGCGGUGCGGAGCCAGAAGACCCUCACGCUGCUGGUCCGCCGGGGCUACGAGGCGCUGCUGCUGAACAUUGUCCCCGAAGUCACAGAGUAGCGGCGGGCGGGGGUUGUGGCGGCUGCGUUUGGGGGUCUUGGCAGGACGACGGACUUUGCCCUGAGUGUGGAGAGGACUGAUCCUGCCCUCUGUCCCCACGGGAGGAGGAGGGGGGGGCCAGCAGGUGUCGGGGUGCCAGCUUGGUGGGUCUCGCUCUUCCCUGGUCGUGUGAUGUCAGCUGGGCGCUCUCCUUUUGGAGGGAGGGGGCAGCCCUUUCCUUUUUUCCUUUCCCCGUUGGCUAUUGACCUGUCCAGGCCUACGUUUUGCGGAGAUCAGGGGUCAUUCUCCUUUGUCGUGGUGCUGCGCAAACGGGCACUGAAGGCCAGGCUUUUCCACAGGCACUGUUUGCCCCUUGCCCAGCUGUUUUAAAAGGGGCCAAGUGGCCAUCCUUCUGGGGGGAAUUGGCAGGAAGAUGGCCCCUUUUGCUACCCCCCCCCCACUCAGAAUCAUGAGGAACGAGCCCAGCGGGGCCCAAUCCGCAGCCCCUUCUGCUCCCAGCCAGUGAGACGGUGUUGCAGCGAAGCAAGAAUCCUUAAGGGGGAGGCUGAGGGGUCUGUCUGCCAUGGGUGACAUAAGGGGUGGGGUAAAUGAAUGGAGACUGGGCGGCUGGUGGUUGUGCCAUCCACAGGGUCCUUAAGGACUAGAAAGUUGUUUUAAAACCCUACCGAGCUCGCCGCUGCUCCGCCUGACCUGACUUGCCGCAGAGCCAGACAGGGA